AUGCUUGUCAGAGGACCGUGCUGGUGUAAGGACAAGAAUGGUAAGAGCAAUAAUGGUAAGAAAGUUAACCUGUGGGAAUAUUUGAGACCAUGCAACAAUGUGAAGGGUGGAGGCUCGCACGAUAAGUAUGAGCUACCUUUUCAGGGCAUAAUCCCAGAAAUUGAAGAAGGCACUUGUGAUAAAUGCCUUGACUUGAGAAAAAAAGCGCAAGAAAAGAAAUGGGAGGAGGAACAAAGAGCACAAAUAGAAGAGGCAAGAAGAGUGGCAGAAGAGCGAGCAGCCCAAGUAGCAGCGCAAGGAGACAAUCAAGGAGACAAUCAAGAAGAACAUCAAGGAGAACAUCAAGGAGGAUAUCAAGAAAACAAUCAAGGAGGAUAUCAAGGAGAAUAUUAA